AUGUAUCCAACUCUUUCAGUUUACAAUGAUGCCACAACAGUACCGAUUUUUGCCCAUUUGCUAACUAUUAUCUUGUUAAUCAAUAUUUUAUUGAUUGGAAAAUAUACAACUACAUUUCCAUUUAAUCUGCUCUAUUGGUCUGAUGUUACCAUAGGCGAUGAAAGCUGGACCAGAUUUUCCUACGCUAGAUGGACUAAUUAUGGGAUUUGCGGCGACUCAAAUUUAAACUGUACUGUCGUGAUGUCAGCUUUUCCUUACGAUCCUAUAAAGGAGCUCUCGAGGUCUUCUGGGGUAUUAAAAGGAAUAUUACCAAAGGAUUUCACAUCUGCUAGAAAGACAUAUAUUCUGUCUUCUCGGUCUGCAUUUGGGCUCUAUGCUACAGGGCUAACUUUCUCCUUUAUUUCCCUAUUUGCACAUUACCUUUUCGUGUUCAGAAAGAUUGUAAUCAAUAGGCUAAUCUUCUUAGUGAAAUUCUUAGCUUUUUUUUUUACAGGAAUUGCAGCCUUGCUAAGUACCACCAUUCAUUGUAGAGGAGUUUCUACCUUUAUCGCUGCAGGAUAUGAUGCUAAAGUUGGCGUUCUUGCUCAAUUUUACAUUUGGUUUACAGUAUUUUGCUCACUAGCAGCACUAUCUUAUAGUUCAGUUCGAUACUAUGGCCAAGGACCACAGUACGAUAUUGAAUCGAAGCCUCAAAUUACUAGCUCAGUCAGCAAUGCUUACAAUACGAGUAAUGCAGUUACAAAUGUGAACGAUGCAAACAAUGUAAGCAAUUCACACAAUAUAAGCAAUUUAAAUAAUGAAACAACGACGAAUAACGCAAACGUCAUAAAUUAUACAACUCACAAUGCUCCAGUUACGAAUAUACAUUUCAUUCAACCUGAAAGUAACAAUACACACUAUCCGGCUCAAGAGCCAUUGCAUCGAGCGAGUGAAGAUUAUACUUAUGAUGUCAAUGAAGGACAUUUCCACGAAGUGGAUCAACAAAGUCCUCCACCUGAGUACUUUCCUGGUGAGGUCUCAUGGAAUCGCCAUUAG